GCACACCAGUUCUUUUUUAUCAAGAUGAAGUCAUUAAAUGUUCUCUAUUUCCUCUUGGUUGAAGUUACGGUCAUACUAAUAUUUUUACUGUGGUGGAAAAAUCAAUCGUUGACUCCCAGUAAGUUUAAAGAUGUUAUGGAAAAUAAUGAUUUAUGGCUCUUUCAAAACCAUACCCACCAAGAAUUGGCGUUAACACAUUUACCAAAACUAAUAAAUUCAUCUAAUGAACAGAACGGGAAGCACAAACAACCGGAAUAUAUCCCGGGAAUCUCAAAAGAAGGACAAACUUUGAAAGACAUUGCAGCUACAUUACGGAUACCAUGGAAACUAAACACAUCGAAUGUGUAUAAACUAAGAAACGAGAUUGCAAUGUCAGCUCACAAUGAAAUGAUUCUUAGCCAAAAUGACGUCAGACUGUCUGAAAAUAUAGGCUAUAUAAACCAGACUAAAAUAGUAAGAAUAAAUGAAAAGUUUUACAACAUGCUACCAAAGGUAUCCCCUAUCAAACGUAAUUAUAAUCGAUGUUCUAUUGUGGGAAAUAGUGGAAUAUUAAUUGGAAGAAAAUGUGGUAAUGAAAUAGACAGGGCUGAUUUUGUUAUUAGAUGCAAUGCUCCUCCAAUUACCCAAUUUUCAGAAGAUGUGGGUCAUAAAUCUGAUAUAGCCACAGUUAAUCCAAGGGUUCUAACAUCUCGGUAGGUAUUAUGCAAAUUGAGUCUAACAGCCUUACGUAGAAAUGUAGCCUGUUAUCCGUAGAGAAGAGAAUAUAUUACAAUACGUCAUUGUAAUUAGGACCGGGGCCGGCGCAAUACAAUAAAUCAAUUCCAUCAUGAAUAAAAACAACAAAAACAAUUAAGAUGGAGGAAAUACAAUAAAGGCAAGGCAUGACAAUGUGUUGUAUUACCUUAACAAAAAGACAAUCAUAUGCAAUAUGAGGUCUCACCACGAAAUGAGACGCAUUGUUACUGAAAUCAUUUUUAGAUAAUCACCAAAAUAGGUCAAAGACAAAAUUUUACACAAUUUUGAUUUUAAUGUUUUUGAAUAACUUGAUAUUUAGAUUUAAUGGUUGUGUACUUUUUAAGUGAAUUUUCUUACUAAAACAGUGUUCUCUGCACGCACAUAUUCUGUAAUUCUAGUCCUAUUAUUGGUACAGAGUUUAUCUUGGAGGCCAAUCUUCUCAAAAUGUGGUUCUCUUGCACAUAAUAUUUAAAUGCUCACAUCUCUGGAUCUACAUAUCCUAGUGAAGCCAUUUAAAGACCAAAUUAAAGUUGAUAAUGUGAUCUACCCAAAUAUAAUAUAAGUUCAAUUUUUGAUAUUCUAACCAUGAGACUCAUUUAGUGGUGAGGCCUCACACAUUAAAAAAAAAAAAUCACAUUAAUUUACACAAAUCACAUUAAAGCAGAUACACAGACCCACCCGCCCAUAUGAAAUGCAUGGUAGCCAAAAUUAACAAGUAAUCAUUUAUUAUGUCACAGUAUUGCCAUAAAGGUAACUUGCAUUAAGAGAUUGGAUGUGCUUAAAAAUCUGUGUUUUAAAAUGAUUGACUCUAUGAGAGUUUUUAACUCUUUCUGGCAAAUUAAUCCAAAAUGUAGGUCUAGUGGAAAAUACAGAUAAAGGCUACGUUCAGACCUGUGAGAUACGCCAGGCGUAUCUAACGCUAGGCGUACGUUAAUCCAUGGCGUAACUAGCGAGA